UAUGCUGAACCUGUGCCACCUAUGUUGCUUUGCAUAUUUGAGCUGACAAACUUCUCUGAUCUGCACAAAUAUGCUGAUUCAGAUAACCUUUAUAUUAGAGGCUUUGUCGUUCACGCAUUCCCAGUAAAACAGGCAGAUCCAGAUUGUGCUUCUAGAGACAUUAUAAUAGUGAAUGAAGAGAAGAAACUCAUGCUUAUGACUCUCUGGAAUGAAUUUGAACAUGAUGAAGGGAGCAAAAUAGCAGACAUGAUUAGCACUGCCCCUCUAAUCAUAGUUCUCCGUGUUAAAGUGACCACAUUCAAUAUUUUGUCAUUCACUACAAGGUAUUCAUCUGGAAUUCUGAUUAGUCCUCCACUCCCAGAUGACCUCUUUUUCAAGCAAUAUGAUGCUAACUGUUUACUUUCUCCUCCAAAUGAAGAGGAUAUCAAAGCAAUCAGCACUUUUCAAGCAUCAUUUUCAAUUCAAAAGGCAGCUUGGGUGCAAGGAACUGUCAAACUUGCAUAUGGAUUCACCAAAUAUUGGACUACUACUUGUGUGAAUUGUCACAAAAUUGUGAAUGCUAACAUUGACUGGAUCAUUCAUUGUCCUUCAUGCAAACAGCAAAGUGAAGUUGAACUGAGGGCUCGCAUUCAAAUUAUAAUAACUGAUCCUUCGAGGUCAAUACAUUGCAUUAUAUCUGGAGAAGAUGCUGAAAAAAUGAUUGAGUUCACUCCACUACAACUUAAGCAAGCACAGGAAGAUGGCUUUGGAAUAGAUAUUGAACUUAAUGAUGCCUUGAAAAAAUACACAGUUGUUUGUUUUCUGAAAUCAUAUAAGACUCCCUUCCAAGGUCAACUGCAGAGAAAGAAUACUGUCAUCAAGGCUUACAUUGCAACUGAACUAUCGCACCAUCCCCUUCCACUGGCACUUCCAGAAAACACUCAAGUUUCUUCUGCACUUGGCAGUUCAUCAGCAAGGCAUCCAGAAAAAUCAUAAAAGGAUCAGAUGUUCACCCCAACGACAAAGUUGGUACUUGAAGAAAUUGCUGGAGCCAGUUCUUACAAAGAAGGGCAGACGUCUACAACCAGUGGAGCAAAAAAAAGUCUUGACUUUCCAGAAUAUUUACCAGCAGACACACUUCCUGAACAUGCAACAAAGAUUGCUGAACAGUUUGCCAAAGAACCUGCAAAAUCAUAUAGCCCUCCUGGCAAUAUGAAGGAUAGUCCAGCAAAGAAAGCUAAAGCAAAGGAAGACUGAUAUGGUCUAAUUCUAUACUUUUGUUAUCUUUUGUUCAUUGCCUUGAUGACUGUCUUGAUUGCUUAGACAAUAUCUUUUG